AUGCAUCUGUUAGCAUAUAAAAUUCUGGUCGAGAAGAAGGAUUUUGCCGAGUCCAUGAGGGAUUUCGUCAAAGAGUACGGUAGCGUGCACACCUUCUGGUUCGGACCCGUUGCUACCGUACAGAUUUGUGACUAUCCAAGUGCAGCCGAAGCAAUGAUCAAGAACGGAGCUGCAACUGCGGUCGAGGACUCAUGGCCUCAACGGACUUCGUUUUGGACAGAGCAACGGCGAUUUUCUCUGCAUACGCUCCGUAAUUUUGGGCUCGGAAGGAAUAUAAUAGAGGAACGAAUCAUGUACGAAUUGGAUUGGACUUGUGAAGGAUCUAGAAAGAAAGAUGGUAGAUGGGAGAGUGUCCCUCGAUCCGAAUCAAACAUUCGAUCUUCUUGUUGGGAACAUCAUCAACAGGAUUUUCAGGAUGAGGAGAAGUUUUUUGCUCUGAAGUCGAAGCUGGACAACGUUUUCGACGAUUUCAAAGCGUUCGAUAUCUUCAUCAAUCGGUGGACGGUUUCUUUUCCACCUCUGCGCCGUAGAGCGGAGACGCUGCUGAAGCCACAAAAUGAUCUCAUGGAUUUUCUAGCGAAUCAAGUAGAGAAAAGGAAAAGCGAUAUUGCUCAAGGGCUUCACUCUCUGGAAGGAGAAGGAAAUGACUUCGUUGACGCCUUCCUCAUACAGAUGGAGAAGAAUAAGAAACUCGGUGUGGCCUCCAGUUUCGACGAUGAAUCCUUGACGCAUACACUGCUUGAUUUAUGGGCAGCUGGUCAAGAAACCACAGCUACAACACUGAAAUGGGCCUUCGCUUAUCUUCUGAUGUACCCUGAGGUGAAAUCCAAAGUGGAGCAGGAGCUUCGAAAUGUUACCAAGUCCAACCGGCCUCUUUCCCUUGCGGAUCGGACAGAGACUCCUUAUUUCAAUGCGGUAUUGACCGAAAUCCAUCGAUGUGCAGCGAUUUUCCCUAUGAAUCUUUCACGGAGAGUGAAUGGCGACAUAUCUGUUGGAAAGUACACAAUACCCAAUGGAACGUCCAUCAAUGUUCAGCUGUCACUUAUUAUGUCUGACCCUAAAUAUUUCUCAGAUUUCUACAAGGGCAGAAAGUUGGAAGAACAAGUGAUUCCCUUUGGAAUAGGAAAGCGAAAUUGUCUUGGUGAAUCAUUAGCACGAGCGGAGUUGUACCUCGUGAGUUCACUCUCUAUCUUGGGCGGGGUCAGUCUUAUUAACUACUGA